AUGGGCAUCAAAGGUCUCCUACCCCUACUCUCCGCAGUACAGGAGGACAAGCGGGUUUCGGACUUCGCAGGCCAAACUGCUGGGAUUGACGGUUACGUCUGGCUACAUCGUGCUGCGUACGUGCAUGCUACGGAACUAGGUUUGAUUUACUGUGGUGCAGCUGAGAACACUGCGAAAGAUGUUGAGCAAGAUGAGACGGACAUGGCGAAAACGCGUCGAUUCAAGGAGGAAGCGAUCUGGAAGAAGAUGGCUGCGACAGUCUUGCGGUACUGCCAGCGAUUACAACAAGCAGAAGUUAUUCCACACGUAGUUUUUGACGGUGGGUUUCUUCCCAUGAAGGAGCAGGAAGAACGAGGCAGGGAUGACAGUCGUAAAGCAAAUCUGGAAAAGGCUUUCGCACUCUGGAAAUCAGGACAAAAAGACGCGGCUCAUAAGGUACUGAGCAGUGAGUGAACUGAACAUUUUGAUAGUGCUGAAUGUGUAAGUAUACACAUUUAAAGUGGAGAUGAAUUAGAUUUGAACAGAAGAUUGUUGGACUCAUCCUCCUUUUAGUGCGCUAUCUACCUAUCCAUAGACAUUAAACCUGAAUUGGAAACACCAGGCUUUCGCCGGCGCCUAUGAUAUCGUCCCUGAGAUGGCUUGCUGGUGCUGUAGGGUUUUCGACGCUCACGGGAUUCCCUAUACUGUGGCGCCUUACGAAGCAGACGCGCAGCUUGGCUACAUGGCAGAAACUGGACAAAUCGAUUUUGUCAUCACAGAGGACUCGGACUUGUUGCCCUUUCGGACACCUUCAGUGUUAUACAAGUUGGACUUCAACAGCAUGACGGGAAAACAUGUGUGCUUAGCUAGAGACUUUUGCAAAGUUUUCGGCAGUGGGUCACAUUUAGAGAAGGUGUUUUCGCUAUUCGGUAGAGCGGAAAAUAGUAAAGGAGGAGUUUUGGAAGGUACAAAUGUGGGUGGAGAAAAUGCUGAGAAGGAGCUCUCUUCUACAUCUUGUGGUAUGAUGGAAAAUGGCGAAACUACAACAUCUACUUCAACGUUAGCGCCAGGAGGCGGAGGAGACCACACCACAUCAAACACCCCUUUCACGUUCGACUAUGACCGGUUUCUCGCUGUCUGUAUCCUUCUCGGUUGCGACUACGGCAGUACUACGAUUUCGAAGUGCGGUCCCAAGAAAGUCUGUGAGCUAGUCGCAAAAGCGGGCUGUGACCCUGAUCGGAUUCAGAGGUGUGCUCGAUUCGAGGGCUACGAUGUGGAUGCCUGUUUUGUAGAGAAUUUUACGAAGGCUUGGCUCUGCUUCCGGUAUCAGACGGUGUAUUGCUCGAAGGCGAAGACGGUACGAUCGAAAUGCCUCCUUUUAUGACUACUUUCGGAAAUUAUGCAUCUUGUUCAGAAGCAUCUUGGAGGACCUCCGUGUAUUAAGGGGAAAACGGGCCUUUCAAGAUGACUUAUUUCAAGAUGGAUUGCCGGAAGGUCUAAUCCUUGCGAAUCCAGUCCCAGGGAGUAGAGAAGACAUAAUGGUGGAAGGAAUAUUACAAGAAGGCGGCGAUGAUGCUGGAGGAGACGACCUCCUCCAGCAUCUAGACGACCACCGCAUCUACCCUGAAGAUCGUUCCGACAGCACUUUCUAUAACGAACUCGCGAGAAAAGUUCGUGCGAGAUGGGUCAAACAGAUCCAGGAAAACACCAGUGACUUGUUCUGCGGCCAUAGAUAUGACGCCGAAACCGCUGUAGGCGUUGCUGUUGGGAGGACACAUCCAGAGACGUUUGCUCGGGUGGAAUUCAACGCUAGUCCGGAACAAGCGGUAGCUGAUGGGAGUAAUGUUAUGGUCAGUGGCUAAGAACCCUAACUUCAAGCGGUGUUUCCUGUAAAUGUAAUAUGUCUCCCACAAUUGUUUCUCCUUGUAUUCUGUCUGAAUUAGGCCUUCCUCCCAAUACUCUACGACUACCUAAUCUACAUCUUAGUAAUUGCUGUGGUUUACAUAGUUCGAAACUAUCGCGCCUAUUUCCGCGUGUCCUUCUAUGAAAAAGAACACUAGAAAAACGAAUUGAGUCAUCGAGUCAUUCUAUCAAAGCAUUUGCUUUCUUUAUCUCUAACAGCAGCACUACCUCACACCACGCUUCGUCUUCAGCCUCUUCUCUAGUAGCAAGUCGACCUGGUCUGUUAGCACGGACCAACCGAUCCGGGAAUCCCAUGUACGCGGGCUUGCGCGAUGAUGGAGGCGCAAAGCGGCGUGCUGCUGCAAAGAAUAAAAGCAUCGGUCCAGAACCUGGACAGAUGGACAUUUUAGCGUUUUUUCAGCCGCCACCGAAUGCAUCAGGACAACCUGGGAAAACAAUGCUACCACCACCUAUCAAUUUGAGUAAAAGUUCUAAAGGAGGUAGAGGAGGAGCAAAAAACGUGCCUGGUGGUAGUUUAGCUAAGAAUGGAAGUAAGGUGAAUAAUAAGGAAGAUGUACAACAUGCAGAAGGUCAACAAGACACUAGAUAUAUCCCAUCGCGCUAUCGUACCGAUGACUUGCGAGCUUCUAUGCUGGCCGAUGGUGCCCAAACAAAUGCAGGAUUAGCGAAGUUUGAAGCAAUGUUUGCGUCCGGGGGUGAGGUCGUAGGUGGAAGUGGAGGAAAGGCUAGUGGUGGGACCCUGGAAUUAGUUCACGAGCAAAAUCAGAGGGCUGAAAAUGGAGAUGCAGAAGAAGAAAAGGAUGGAGGUUUGGAUGGUCUUGAUGUUGGAGCAGGACAGCACGAUGAAGACAAGGAGAACCAAGCAACAUCUUCUACCUCCGGCAAUCUUGAUGUGCAGUCUUCUACGAGUGGUAACAAGCCUCGUUCUCUGUUGAACUCUCGUGUGUUUGGAAAGAUUCAAGAAAAUACCAGUGUCGUACAAGGAAACGAUGAUUUUUUCGCUGCUUUUGCGUUUGGUGGUGAAGCUGGAGGAGGUUCUGUCGGAAGUACUUCUACACAAGGACGAGAAACUACAAGUGGUCUCGCUUCUAUGAAAAUGAAUAUAUUCUUCAACAAGCAGGUGAACAACCCAGCAACGAAGACGAAGACGUUGAAGAAUGCCACGAAGGCUAUGAACGACAGUAAGAAAGCUGCGCCAGUGGUUGCUCCCAAAGUUGCAAAAACAAGAAAAAGAGCAGCUACAACAGCGGACUUGACUUCCACAACGCGAGACGCUGAUGAGCACGCUCUUUCCAGUGUAGGGGCAGCAAGUAAAGCAGGCGGGCAAGCAAAUAAAAGGCAAAAGAUUGCCACUACUGCAUCUUCUUCGGAUGAGGUUCCUACCACAACUGCAUGUUCUACUUCUGAGCCUACAGCACAAGGACGAGGAGAACAGAAGCAAGCAUUAUCGCCUAGAUUAGACAACGAAAAAAUCCCUGCUCCCUCACCAAGACCCGCGGGACAGAUUUUGUCCAACAAAGCUUUAUCCUUCCUGGACUCUCUAUGCUUUGCAAAACGAGAUCAUAGAGCUUCAUCAUGA